AUGGCGAAGUACGAGUUCAUUCGUCAGAUCGGGCAAGGUAACUUUGGUGCUGUAAUGCUCGCGCGCGAAAGGGACAGUUCAAAAAUAUACGCUGUCAAAGUGAUUUCCUUGUCUCAACUGCGAAUUGAAGGCUCUUCGAGGAAAGCCCUGGAUUCAGCCUUAAGGGAAACUGAGCUGUUCUCAGGCUUUUCUCACCCAUUCAUUGUAAAUUGCAGGCACUCUUUUGUGGAAGACGGUCAGUUGCAUAUCGUGAUGGACUACGCUGAUGGUGGAGACCUUCACGGUCGAAUAGUUAGGAUGAGGGCAAAGCAUUCAGUUUUCGAUGAGAGCACUAUUCUGCGAUGGUUCGUGCAGCUGUGCUUAGCCGUAAAUUUUUUACAUGAGAAAAACAUUCUGCAUCGGGACAUAAAGUCGAGCAACGUCCUCCUAGACGGUCAUGACCCUGGUUCAGUGAAACUCGGAGAUAAUGUAAUUGGAAAGGUUUUUCAGAAUAAUCAAGACCUCGCCAACUUGCCAUCUGGCGCUCCUUGCUACAUUUCGCCAGAGAUAUGCGAGGAGAGGCCACAUAGUGACAAGUCCGAUGUCUGGUCACUAGGAUGUGUCCUGUAUGAGCUCGCGUGCCUGCGACUUCCCUUUGAGGGAGAUUCAGUACAAGCUGUUUCCGGGAGCAUCAAGAGAGGACAAUACUAUUCAGUGAACCCAAAGUAUUCAGAAGCUACCGCGAAACUCAUUGACGAGAUGCUGUCUGUUGACCCAGACAAACGGCCGUCAACAGCGCAAAUUCUAAGUAGACCGCAUCUGCAGCCGCACUUGCAGCUGAUCUUGCGAGAGCAGAAACGCCAAACUGCGCCGCCUGCUCCAACGACCUCCUUGGAUUCCACGACGCUUUGUGUGUUUUCAAAAGUCAGGGGCCAGGUUUUCGGCAUCUCGAGGUAG